CUCUGAGAGAGCACAUAUCUCAAGCAAAGCACAGUCACUAAACUUUCUCUGUCUGUCCGUGUGUGUAUAUAUAUGUUGUUUAUUUGGGUAGCAAUGCGGAGAGAAAACUGAGAAAAUGGAUCUGGACUAAGAACGGCUAUUUUCUGAUGCUAAAGUGGAGAGAGAGUAGACUUUGAUUACUAAGUCUGCAUUUGUUGGGAUAUUUAGAUGGAUUACAACAAUAACAGUGGCAAUGGGGGACAUUGGGAUUGGCAAGGGGAGGAAUAUUGUCUUCAAAAGGAUUCCAGUUAUGCAGACGAAUCUCAAUGUUUAUGGAAUGAAGUGACUUUGAAUGAGGAAGAUCUCUCUUACAUGUUAGAUGAAACAACCCCAAUUAAGGCUUGUGGGGAUUUGGCUUAUCAUGUUAAUCAUAGUGAUAACAUGCACAAGGAACCAGAUGAACACAAAGAAACUUCUUCACAGUUAAAGAGACGCCGAAUGUUACAGUUUGAUACUCAAGCUGUAGAUUCCCACUUUUGCAAUGAAGAGAUGUCGUCUAUGUUUCUAUCAAAUGAGAGGGAGGACUCACUUGAUGAAGUUUUACCUCAAGCGUCAGAGUGGGCUCAGGGGUUUUCAGACGUGUCCGCCUCCUGUUAUGAGGUCCUGGAUCAGUCAUCUGAGGGGUGGCUUGCUGAAUGCCUUAAUGACACUGAGAUACAGAAUUUUGCUGGAGCAUCUGAUGUUCAAAUUGAUAUUUCAGAGUUCUGUAAUGAUGCACUCAGUAAUGAAGCUAAUGCUCUUCAAAAGCAUGUUCCACGGACUCCUCGGAAUGUAGUUUUUAAAGGUAAGAAGUCUUUUAUACGAACACCCACUAAGUUAGCUUCAUCUGUUGUCUAUCCAUUUGCCUUCAUCAAACCCUGUGGGUUCGAUGGAGAUGUUACCCUGAAGGACAUAAACCAGCGAAUCCGCACUCCUCCAUCAAAAUCAAAGCAAAAUGAUGAAGAUCCUGCUUGUUACCCCACCUCAGCUUUUUCUGGGAAGCCUGUUGUUGGCAAAACCAAAAUCCGCACUGAAGGUGGAAAAGGAAGCAUCACAAUUAUGAGAACCAAAGGUUGAGUGAGUGGAUAGGCGUCUUCACAGACUUCUGGUUUUGCAGCCCGAUGGACUCAUCCCAUUAUUUUCUGGGUUUUUUUUCUUAACUUAUUUUUGCUCUGUACUAUUCUCGGGCCUUCAAGUAUAGAUGUUGAUAAUAUAUAUAUAUAUAUAUAUAUAUAUAUAUAUAUAUAUAUAUAUUGUUCAGGUUUUUCAUGGGAUUCAUAUAUCACAUUAAAGUGUUUAUGUUUCCUAGUUUUUAGGUAUCAAUGGCGGUUGUGUCAUUCAUAUUUGACUUUCGUCUAGGACUAAUGAAAUCUUAAUGUCAAUUGAUAAUCUGUGUAUUUUCUAUCGUCUUCAGAAUUGCUCUGUUAGUGCUUUCACUGAAUUCCUCUUGAGUUGUGCAAAGCUUAUGUGUUUUAAUAUUGUAUUUGAGAGUUA